AUGUACGCCGACGAUACUACUCUUCUGCUCACUGGGAGCUCUGCAGAAGAGCUAGCAAUUGACUCAUAUACUGCACUAAAUAUGGCAUACCAGUACUGCCACUCAAACGACCUAGUAGUCAAUAUGACCAAGACCAAACAACUAGCAUUCGGUAGAAGACGAGAUGAAAUUGCAGCCCUACCAGAAGUUGACAUGCAACCCAAGGCAACAUUUCUUGGCGUAACAAUUGACGAAACUCUUUCAUGGACUCAGCAUGUUGACAACCUUUGCAGGAAACUAAACACCAGCCUCUUUGUUAUCAAAAGAAUUUACCACAUUAGUGAUUUAAUCACUGCAAAGACAACUUAUUAUGCCCUUUUUGAAUCACAUCUGAGGUACAGCAUUGCUAUAUGGGGAGGCACCACAGUCACUAACCUACAGAGACUUCUCCUGAUACAGAAGAAAGUAAUAAGAACUCUUAAAGGCCUAGGACCCAAGGAAAGCUGUCGUGAAGGUUUCAAGGAUCUUCGCAUCUUGACAAUUGUGGCCCUCUACAUCCAGGAAGUGAUUAUGUUUGCCGACAUGAAUGAACUCCCUCGGGGAACAGAUGUACACCAGUACAACACUCGACAUGCUGACAACUACAUCCUGCCAGCACACCAUCUAUCACUGUACGGGAGGAAGCCAUCGUACAUGGGACGCAAGCUCUACAACCUGCUGCCAACCGAGAUAAAGGCUCAGAAGGGCAAGAAACUGAAGAUGGCACUGAAUAGAUGGCUGGUGACCAGGCCAUUCUACACGCUGGAAGAAUAUCUACAAGACACAUGA